AGCCCUGCCGCAGCGCCCGCUGCUCCGGGGACGUCGCUGGGAGGCGAAGGCAGCGGCUGCGGGGGCUGCGGGGGCUGCGGGGGCUGCGGCGGCCGCAUCCAGCCCGACACGUCCCGGGAGAAGGGCUGGAAGGGACCCGCGCCCGGCUCCAUCCCGAUCCCUCCCGCGGGGCCCGCAGCAGCCAUGACCCAGGGAAAGCUCUCUGUGAACAACAAACCCCCCAGCUCUGAGGGGCAGGGGGACAAGAAGGACACUGCCACAGCCCCCCCGGCUCCUCCGUCCUAUGAGGAGGCGACAGCAGGAGAAGGGAUGAAAUCCGGGACUUUUCCUGCCCCGCCCGCGGCCCCGCUCCACCCCAGCUGGGCUUACGUGGAUCCCAGCACCAGCCCCAGCUACGGCAGCGGGGGGUACCCGGGGGACACGGAGCUGCUCACGACCUUCAGCUGGGAUGACCGGAACGUGCGCAGGGUGUUCAUCAGGAAGGUUUACGCCAUCCUGAUGAUCCAGCUCCUGGUCACCGUUGUCAUCGUGGCUUUCUUCACCUUCUGUGAACCCGUCAAGGGCUACAUCCAGACCCACUCCGCCUGGUACUGGGCUUCCUACGCCGUGUUCUUCGUCACCUACCUGAUCCUCGCCUGCUGCUCCGGGCCCAGGAGAUACUUCCCAUGGAAUCUGAUCCUGCUCAGCAUCUUUACCCUGUCCAUGGCCUAUCUCACUGCAAUGCUCUCCAGUUACUACAACACCAAGUCGGUGCUGCUGUGCCUGGGGAUCACGGCCCUGGUCUGUCUGUCUGUCACCAUCUUCAGCUUCCAGAGCAAGUUCGACUUCACCUCGUACCAGGGCGUUCUCUUCGUGCUGCUCAUGGUGCUGUUCCUGGGCGGGCUGGUCCUGGCUGUCAUCCUGCCCUACCAAUACGUCCCGUGGCUCCACGCGAUCUACGCUCUGCUCGGGGCUGGGAUCUUCACCAUGUUCCUGGCCCUGGACACGCAGAUGCUGAUGGGGAACCGCCGGUACUCACUGAGCCCCGAGGAAUACAUCUUUGGAGCCCUCAAUAUCUACCUGGACAUCAUCUACAUCUUCUCCUUCUUCCUGCAGUUCUUUGGCUCCAGCCAGGAGUGAGGGCAGCGGGGCAGGAUGCUCCCUGUGCCGGCAAAUGUGAGGGGUUAAAUUGAGAAGCAGAGGUGAAAGGGUUCAAAACGGCCAGCCUGACCCAGUCCCUCCCUUUCUGGUCCAUCCAACGCCCUGAGGAGCCCCAGGCCCCUCCCGCAGCUUUGUGCAUUUGCUGCCAGGCCUCUGUGACCCAGAGAACAAAGCAGGGCUUCGGUGUCGUGUCCCUUCUGCUCCCCCUCUCCCGCCCAGCCCAAACCAGUCCCGAGGCUGGGGCAGGAGACCGGGACCUUCCUGGCCCCAGGGGCUGCUGGAGCUCUCUGAGUCCUGCCCAUCACAGGGUGAAAGUGCUGUGACAAAACAGGGCAGCAGAGCAGGGAAUUUGCUUAGAUCCUGGCAGGAAAAGCAGCUGAGCCAAGGGAAAAGCCUUAGGGAAUCCUUGCAUUGCCCUGUUUCCCACAACCCAUUGGAUCUUGGUGGCCUCUGCGCUAUUCCUGGUGGCUCCUGCUGUUGGAAACGUGGAGUGUGGGAUCACGUAGCUGGAUUUCAGUGCUCCAGGCACAGAGAACCUGUUUGUUCAGGACGUGCAGCUCUCUGAGGUCAUCCCUGGUGCCACUGCAGGGAAAAUUCCCCUGGAUCCCUUGCAUGUGGCUGAGUGCCCUUCCCUUCCCUUCCCUUCCCUUCCCUUCCCUUCCCUUCCCUUCCCUUCCCUUCCCUUCCCUUCCCUUCCCUUGUCCCACCCAGGGGAGUGUGCUGGUUCUCCUUGGAGUGUGGCUCCUCAGUGAGGGAUUGGGAUCCCAGGGAAGGAAUUUUGCCAGGAAAUGGCAGAGAAGAGAUGGAGGAGGCUGAGUUUCCGUGCUGGGAAAUGCCAUUCCAUGUGGGAAAUGGGCUGGGAUGCUGUGACCCACCCCGAGGCUCUGACACCCUCACAGAACUGUCUUGCUUGCUCCAAAUUAGCAUUGCUAAGGGGUUAUUCCAGGGACGGAGGCCACUGGAACAGCAAUGUUCCCUCUCCCUGGCUGUUUUCCCUUUCUCCUCUCCCAAACUGGAAUGUCAGCGCGGGCUCUGGAUGUGCUCAGGUAACUUUCCACCGUGGCCAUGCUCACAUUCCCUCUUUGGGGCUCAGCUGGCUGAUCGUGGGCUGUAAAGCUCCCCGGGGAGAUAAGGGGCCUUUUGCUCUCAUUCCAAGAGUGAUCCUUCCUGCAGAUAGGAGCUGGUAUCUCCCAUCUCGCUGGGAAUGCCGGCCAGUGCGUCAGGGAGCUGCCUCCAGCAAUUCCUGCUGCAGAGGCUCUGCCAGAACGCUGGAACGUUCCUGCUCCUUCUGCCCUGGCUUUUACCCCGCACAUGUCCUGUCCCCCUGCCUCACGUGUCCAGGGAAAGUUACUGUGCAGGGAAUGGAAAUGCUCCGGCCCCUCCGCGGCUGCAGCGAUGAGCGGGAGUGAUGCCUUCCCCUAAAACACCCCCCAGAAAAACCCAACCAGACAAAAAAAUCUUAUCCAGGUCAAAAGAACACCAACCAGACAAAAAAAAAUCUUAUCCAGGUCAAAAAAUUCCUAACCAGACAAAAAACUCCCAGUCAGAUACAAAAAACCCCAACCAGACAGAAGCCCCACAACCAGACCAAAAAAAUCUCUGCUGACCGGACAAAAAAUAAAAAUGCCCUAACCAGAACAAAAAUAUCUCAUCCAGAUCAAAAAUCUCCCAACCAGACAAAAAGAAAAAAAAAAA